GCUAAACGCAAAGGAUAAAAACAACUUGGCUCUCCGAAAGAGAAGCCAAGCGGACAGGGAUAGGCCAAGGGGCGUUUUUGAGGGAGAAUCUGAAUUCAACAACAAAUGACCCUUUGCCUUCCGCUAGUAAUAGUACAAUAAUUGCUAACAAGUACAGCGACGAAAUACUCUAUUUAUACAGCUAGGAUUUUCCAGGGAGAAGGCCUAAAAGGCCAAUAGAGAGACAGGCUGGAGGCAGAGAGAGAAGGCAAGAAGGGGUAGUAGGGGGCACCCCACAGCACAGCCCACACGAUCUGUGAGGGAAGAAUAAAAAUUUGGUAGUACCCACAAAGGAGAAGGGGAAUCAAUCAUGCCAUCAGGUGCUAAGAAGAGAAAAGCUGCCAAGAAAAAGAAGGAGCAAGCAGCCAACAACAUCAAUUCAUCAACUAACAAUAGCCCACAUGGAAAUGAUGAUCCAAAAAGCCAAGAUGAAAGGGACAGUGAUGGUGGCGAUGUUGGUUCCUCUGCAUCUCAGGAUGACCAAAACCACCAGAAUGCAUUCAGUCAGGGGGAGGAAGAAGGGAGAAGCGCACCAUCAUCUGUUCAAUCGUAUGUUACUGAGGACAAGUCAGUGGAAGAAGCAACUAGGGAUGCAGAAAGCACGGAGAAAUUAGGAUUGGAUGAUGUUGUUGCUGUUAAAAAUGAUAAAGAGUUGGAACCUGAGGAUAUGGAGAGCACGCGUGUAAUUAUUCAACACAUUGAGCAUGAUAAGAGCUCUAGCAGCAGCAGUAGGAGUAGCAGUAGUAGUUCGGAUGAUGAAUCUGAAGCCUCUGAGAAGAAGUCGAAGGAAGAAGCCUUUAACUUUGUUCCUGAAGCAACCUCAUAUAAUAUUGAGGAUAAGUCAGCUACUAUUAUGUCUGAAAAAGUUGCGAAGGUUGCUGAAAAUGAAACACUCGGGGAUGUUGAUGGUAAUUCUGCCGUGGAAACUGCUGCUGUUGACAAUUUGGUUAAACCUGUGUUAUCUAUGCCAGAGGAAGUGGAUCAUGCUGUGGAAUUUUCCAUAAAAAAAUCAGUAGUUUCUGAUGUAGUUGAAUCAGGGUUGAAAGAAAGUGAAGAGAAAUUAUUGCCGUCAUCAAAUGGGUUUUCAAGGGAUGAAUUGGAAGGAAAUGAAGGAAAAAUAUUCCCGUUGUCAAGUACUUCUACUGCUGAAAGUAGUAAUGUUGCAGAAAAGGUCCGAGAUUCUGGGACUCCUGAUUAUUCUGAAAAGCAGCCUCUUGUUGCUUCAACUCCACCAGUGGUGCAAAAAACCUCAGUGUUAAGUUGCUGUGGACUGUUUGAUGUUUUUACUGGUUCUGGGAGAUAAUUGAAGAACCAUCUGUUCAUGGGGAUUUGGUAGACAGUGGCAGUUUGUCAGAGUCACAAAGGCUUGAUGUUUUUUUAUUAAGAAUAAUGGACAACAGACCUAGCUAGAAAAACAGUUACAAGUUUUUGUGUCAGUGAUAGCAAUGACGCUGAUAGUAGCAAGCCGUUCCUAGCUUUAAGUAAAUUUUUUUAUUGGCACUUUUGCAAUGUAGCUUCUUAGCUGGGUUUGUGUUGUAUGUAGUUCCCCUUGUUUUGGGUUGAGUGGAGUAGUUUCCGUAAAAAAAUAUAAGGUUUAUGAGAGUGAUUUCAACAUGGUUGCUAUUUUGGCUUUCAUUUUCAUGAAUUUGGAAAAUCUCUGUUCCUUUCA